AUGAGCGACCAAGAACCUCGGUCCCUCAAGGCCACCUUCGCCGCCGCCGAGGAGAAGCGCCUCUCGCUCGAGAACUCACCACCUAAUCCCUCCGACUACGCCGACACACUCUCCGCUGCCAUCAAGCUCUACCAGUCCUGUCUCAGUCAAAUCAGCAUUCUCUCCCUCUUUAGCUCCAAUGAAGGCCUCGAAGACCUUAACACCAACGACCUCCCCUAUCUCCUCGUCAACUACCACCUCGCCGAGCUCAUCCAAAAGAUCCCCUCGCCCACUCCCUCACCCGCCGAACGAAAACGCCUUCUCGACCAGGCCCGCGAAGCCUACGAGCGCUACCUCCACCUCCUCGACAGCUACGAAGGUCUUUUGAACCCUACCUACAAGAAGCGUCUCGAGCGGUACACCGACAGCCCAACCGAGUUCACCGUCGCCGGCGCGUCCGCCUCGGAUCCGAACGCCCGUCGCAAUGCCAAAAUCGCCAACUUCAAAGCCGAGAAGGAACUGCGCCAGAAACUUGCCUACCUCCGACAACGACCCGAGUACGCCGCCGCCGACCUUGAGCUAGACGAUGACGAGUCAACAACAGACCAGACAGGAGGAGGAGGCAACACAGGCGACGAGGAAGUCGUCCGCUCCGUCCACCUCGCCCACCUCGACCUGUGCACACACCUGACCUUCCAAGCGCUCGAGAGCCUCAACCGCGAGAUGGAGGUGCUCAACAUGGCUCCGCGCGAGCCUGCCUCGCUACCGUCCGCGCAACUACGAGGGAACAACCAAGCAGGAGCAGGCAACGACAUGGGCGCGCAGGACGAUCUACGGCGGCGACAAGGAGGCGCGGAUCCGCGUGACUACAGCGACAGGCUCGAUAUGCCGCUCAGUCGGCUGCAGGGGAUACUAGGUGGUAGUGGACCGAUUCUGUCCAAGGAAGGCAGGCCAUUGCGGCCAUUCACGCUGACGGGGACGAGGCAGGAGAUUGCCAAGGGGGUGUUCAGGCCAAGCCAUAAUCUGCCGACCAUGUCGAUUGAUGAGUACUUGGAGGAGGAGAGGAGGCGGGGCGGGAUCAUUGAGGGGGGCGGAGAGGCCAGUUGGAAGGCGGGAGAGAAGAAUCCUGAUGAUGAGGAUGAUCAUGAGAAGCUGGAUGCGGAGACGAUGAAGGCCAGAGCGUGGGAUGAGUUUGUGGAGGCGAAUCCCAAGGGUGCUGGGAACACGUUGAAUAGGGGGUGA